UAACAUUUGCAAAUCUGAUCUGGUUGGAGCUGUAGCUGUUGUAUUGGUGUUUGUUGGUUGGCCUCUCUGUUGGUUCUUCGGAGCUCGAGCCCCGUCACGAGCGUUUCUUAUUUCUCUCCCUCCUGUUAUUAUUUUCUCACUCAUUUUCUCUCUGAAACAAACAACUCACAGAGCAGUGUGAAAAACCAAGCACACCUCACCCAAUCCCCUCCCUCCCUUCAUCAGUUGGCGAUUUGUUCAGAAACGCCCAAUCUUCCAAAGAAAUAGUGAGAGAGAGAUGAAGCGCGACCUUCAUAACCCUCCUCCUCCUCCUCCCUAUAAGGACACUUUCUGCGGCGGCUGUGGUUACUCGACGGAGGAGGCGAGUGGGAAAAGUAAGAUGUGGGAGGAACAGGAUGCUGGAAUGGAUGAGCUAUUGGCUGUGUUGGGUUACAAAGUGAAAGCUUCCGACAUGAGCGAAGUUGCUCAGAAGCUCGAACAGCUCGAAGAAGUGAUGGGUCAUGCUCAGGAAGAUGGCUUGUCUCACCUUGCUUCCGAGACUGUUCACUACAACCCUUCCGAUCUCUCUUCUUGGCUCGAAUCCAUGAUUUCCGAGCUCCACCCUCUUCCUAAUUUCGACUCUUCCCUCCCUCCUCCGUCGGCCUUCGACAGCCGCCGCCACCCCCUAAAUCACAGAAUUUUCCAUGACUCUUUUUCCGAUGAUUACGAUCUCAAAGCAAUUGCAGGUAAAGCCGUGUACCCAGAAAUUCAACAGCCAAACAAGCGCCUCAAACCCUCCUCUGCAUCAUCGUCCUCCACUGUCUCGUCGAUCCCAGUUGGGAUUUGGACUCUUCCCCUUCCCCUUCCCGACAAUGACUCAUCUACUGCGUCAACUCGUCCGCUGAUUCUAGUCGACUCGCAAGAGAACGGUAUAAGACUCGUUCACGCACUCAUGGCUUGCGCCGAGGCAAUCCAACAAGACAAUCUCAAGCUCGCCGAAGCUCUGGUGAAGCAAAUCGGCCUCCUCGCCGUCUCUCAAGCCGGCGCGAUGCGAAAAGUCGCCACUUACUUCGCUGAGGCCCUGGCUCGGAGAAUCUACAGACUCUACCCUCAAAACUCUCAGGACAAUGCUUUCUCCGAUCUCCUCCAGAUGCAUUUCUACGAGACCUGUCCAUACCUCAAAUUCGCUCACUUCACAGCCAACCAAGCCAUCCUCGAAGCCUUCGCGAACCACAGACGGGUCCACGUAAUCGAUUUCAGCAUGAAACAGGGGAUGCAAUGGCCGGCUCUAAUGCAAGCCCUAGCUCUCCGACCCGGCGGUCCACCCACUUUCCGGUUAACCGGAAUUGGCCCGCCCUCCGACGAUAACACGGACCAUUUACAAGAAGUGGGUUGGAAACUAGCUCAAUUGGCCGAAACGAUUCAUGUCAAGUUCGAAUACAGAGGCUUUGUGGCUAAUAGCUUGGCUGAUCUCGAUGCUUCGAUGCUUGAUCUUCGAGAAGGUGAGGCCGUGGCGGUUAAUUCGGUUUUCCAAUUGCAUCAGUUGUUGGCUCGACCGGGUUCGAUCGAGAAGGUGUUGUCUGCGGUGAAGGAGAUGAAGCCGGAGAUACUCACUGUUGUAGAGCAAGAAGCGGACCAUAAUGGACCGGUUUUCUUGGACCGGUUUACCGAGUCGUUGCAUUAUUACUCGACUCUGUUUGACUCGUUGGAGGGUUGUGGCGGCGGUGGUGGUGAGUCAUUAUCGUCGGUGAGUAACCAGGAUAAGGUGAUGUCGGAGGUGUAUUUGGGCCGUCAGAUCUGCAACGUGGUGCCGUGUGAAGGACCGGACCGGAUCGAGAGACACGAGACUCUAGCCAAGUGGCGAGCCCGGUUCGUGUCGUCCGGGUUCGAACCGGUUCAUUUGGGUUCGAACGCGUUUAAACAAGCGAGCAUGUUGUUGGCACUGUUUAACGGUGGCGAUGGGUACAGAGUGGAGGAGAACGAUGGGUGUUUGAUGCUGGGUUGGCACACUCGUCCACUCAUUGCCACCUCGGCUUGGAAACUCAGCUAAGUCUGAGUCAACUCAGUUUAGGACCCCCACACCGAGUUGGGUCAACUCAGCCAUGCCAGCCCAUCAAACCAAAGCUUAUUUUAGUGGAAUGCUGGCUGCCUUAUGAGGGAUAGUGAGACCCUGCCACUUUCCAAGUGUCUCCUUUUUUUUUUCUUUUUUAUUUUAUAAAAAAAAUAUAUUUCUCUGUCUACUUUAUUUACCUGUCCUUUUUAGGUAUAAUUUUUAUUUAUUUAUAUGCUUUUGUUUUUAAUUUUUAAUUUUUAAUUUUUUUUUUUGAGGGGUGAAUCUAAAGAGGUCCUGAUGUGUAUUUUAUAAAUAGGUUUUCCUAAUAAAGAGAGAUACUGUAGGGCUUACUGGGAAUUUGAUUGAAGUAGUGUGUGGUGAUGUAAAGGCCCAACUGGCUAUUUGUGGAGUAUAUAUUAGUGGGGGGACAUUGAAAAGCA